UUUACUUUGUUUAUAACAUGGUGGUUUCUCUGAAGAAUACAAUGGUAGAGUAAUGCCUGAAAACUAUGGCAACUUUUUUGAUAACUAGUUGCAUGGAUGACUUGGUUCUGAGUUGGGUUUAAUUUUAAACUACACGUUAGCAGGCAUGGCAAUUAUACAUACUGUAUCAUAGAUAACCGUUAUAUUCGGUUACUUGUAAUUUACUAGUGUGCUCACAGAAAGUCUCAAAGAUUUUAGUCAGGGUUCAAACGCCUGAAACGUCACUGUAGAUGGCAAUAGUGAAAGAUAUCGCUUUCGAAGCCCUCAUUCGUUGCCUUAUGGACUUUUAAACUUAAAAAAACAAGACCGAAACUCAUUUAAUAUAUUCUAUAGUUUUUUAAUACACUGACGAGUAUUUGCCCUCAGCAUGUCUUUUGUUCACGAGCGCUAGCCCACAACGGAGCCAAUGAGCUUCGAGGAAAGACUUGAUGUCACUUUGUUGUGAAAGUCAAUAGAGGAGCAGAAGUUCAAGCUAGUAUCUUUUUGUAUUGCCCAGGUUGUUGUAGAGAUACGGCGGACUCAAUUGCCAGCAGUAGCACAGAGAUCUGGGGUUGAAUUACAUCCCAGCUAUGCACGCAGUGACACUAAGAGACCUGAUGUGGAUAUGGAUGCUGUUUCUGUGCUGUGCAUCAUGUUACUGUGGACCAGAUCCCAGGAAGCGGGAGGCUCUGAUAAGGCUGGAGGCAUCUAGACGGACAGGAGGCAACAUAACACUGAACGAGAGAGAGAACCUGCUUGACAGAAAGCUUCAAAAACUGAAACAGCAUGAUAUGGAAGCAAGACAGUUUCCACCGUCCAUGCAUUUCUUCAAGGCAAAGCACCUCAUCGAUCAAAGUCCUGUCUUUAGCUUGCUUCAGAAGAUGCCUAAAGGUGCGGCCCUGCAUGUUCAUGACUUUGCUAUGGUAGGUGUGGAUUGGCUGGUGAGGAACGUGUCCUACAGAGAGAACUGCUACGUGUGUUUCACAGAUGAGCAGACCGUUCGGUUCAUCUUCUCCUCUGGACAGCCUGCGUCUCGUCCACACUGCUCCUCAUGGUCUUUGCUCAGAUCCCUCAGGGGGAAGAUUAAAAACAGCACUGAUUUGGACAACAGGUAUAGCCUAAAACACUGCAGUGAACCUGAGACUAUAGGUGAGGGAUGUUUGUCUCAAAUGUUCAUUUCUAUUCACAGUUUCAUUCGAAAUCUCACCCUCUUCACCGAGGACCCAGACAGAGCCUAUCCAAGCCAAGAUACUGUGUGGAAGAGAUUUAAGCAGGCUUUCUUAGUGGCCUAUGGGCUGGUCACGUAUGCACCCGUCUUCAAAGACUACCUCUAUGAAGGUCUCAGACAGUUUUAUGAGGACAACAUCAUGUAUGUGGAAAUCAGGGCUCUGCUGCCAGUGACAUAUGAACUUGAUGGCAGAAAAAAUAAUAAGGACUGGAGUAUGAGGGCCUGUCAGGACGUUGUGAGAAGAUUUACUGCAAGCUACCCAGACUUCUUAGGGGCUCGGGUGAUUUUUACAGUCCACAGGAGUAUAAAUGCAGCUGAGGCGGUGAAGACCGUAGAGGAAGCAAUGACGCUACACAGGAACUUUCCAGAUAUCAUGGCAGGCUUUGACUUUGUAGGACAAGAAGACCUUGGAAGACCUCUGUGGUACUUCAAGGACGCUUUGAGUCUCCCUGAAGACAGGGGUGUUAACCUGCCCUACUUUUUCCACGCAGGAGAGACAGAUUCCCAGGGAACAGAUGUGGAUCAGAACCUCAUGGAUGCUCUUCUGUUCAACACCACACGUAUAGGUCACGGCUUCGCUUUGGCACGUCAUCCUGUAGUUAAAGAGAUGUCUAGAAAGAUGGAUGUACCGCUUGAAGUCUGUCCAAUCUCAAAUCAGGUGUUGAAACUGGUGUCAGACUUGCGGGACCACCCAGCGGCGGUGCUGAUGGCCGAGGGUCAUCCUGUAGUGAUCAGCUCGGAUGAUCCAGCUCUGUUUGGGGCUACUGCCCUUUCACACGAUUUCUACGAAGCCUUCAUGGGCUUUGGAGGAAUGAGCUUUAAUUUAGGCACAUUGAAAGAGCUGGUCAUAAACUCCCUCAGGUACAGCUCAUUGCCAAGUCAAACUAAGAAAAAGGCUAUUGAGGUAUUGCUGGGAAAAUGGGACAAGUUUGUCUCGGAAAGUUUACUGUAGACUACUUCAAACUACUUUUAAACAUGCUCUAAGGGCAAGAAGUUUUCCUCUUAUGUUUGUCAUAUUGGUGAACAUAGAUUAGCUGUUACUUGAUGUGAGAAACUGGAUGUGUUAUGUUGAUCUUGCCUGUGCUGUCAUCUGGUGGAGAAUCUGUGUACUGAUUAUCUUCACUUCCACUGAAACAAUAUGGAGGACAACCUUCAGGCUAAUGACAGAGGUUUUGUGUGAAAUUUUGUGAAUGCUAAUCAAGAUUUUAGAUUUUUAUGACAGCACAGUCACACAACAUACAGGCGUUUACAAGGUAGACCACUUCAGGACACCUGAUAAAUCAGAAAAACUGUGAUGUACAAUGUCAUUUAAUUGUUUUAUUUGAAAAUGUAGUUCUUAAAGGAACAGUUUACCUAAAAAAAAAAAAAAAGUUGCUGAUAUUUUACUCACCCUCAGGCCAUUCGGGAUGUAGAUGAGUUUGUU